CUUUGACAGUUUGUCACUUUUUACACGAAUUUUACACGUUCUGUUCUGAAUAUUUAUACAGUUUUUCUACCAAAACAUAAUGAAUGAAAUUCUCCACCUUAAUGCCAAAGUUCGAUGCACUUUCAUGUUCUAAAAUAUCUAUUACUACUAUUUCUGAUUACAACGAAGUGUACCACAAAACUAAUCAAUCCUAAUCAAAACUCUGUCAGUCUCCUCAAUCAGGUUUCUGAUUUCGACGACAUAUUCGAACAAGAAAACUCAGAAAACGAACAUUCAGAAGAAAAGGCUUCCUAUCAAACAAGCAACUUAAACCAUCAGUUCAUUCCUUAUGAAAAUCCUUCGAAUUUUGCUGGUGAUAGCGUUUUUUCGUGCGACCAACUGAGUGACAGUUCCUUGUGUCCCAAGCAUGACAUCAAGCAGAGAGAACCAAGCCCUGAUAGUCAGGACUCAAAAAUAUACAGGGUCCUGACAGAGGAGGAGCUACAAGCGGACGAAAAUCAGGAUGAUCAGGAUAAGCCCCAAAAAAUACCGUUGUUUGGUAAACUAGUUAGUAGUAAAGACAGUGAAGUACCGGAAACAGUUUUAAUUAAGGAAACCCAGUCGAAUGUCAAGGAAAAAUCGGAGCAAAAUUCUAAAAGUUUGGAUAGUUAUAGAAAUACGAACAACGACUGCCCGAACUGUAAAAAUUUCUUCCCCAUACCCCUUCUAGAAAGUAUUUUAAUAGGUAGAUUACUAGAAUCUAGUCGCAAAGAAAAUAAACAUUACCCUCUUAAGUACAUUGUUAAAUCUGUCGUUCCCAAUUUUACAAACGUACAAGAAUUAGAAAACCCCAGUGUAGCGUCCAGUUUUAAAAAAUACUUGCAGAAACGCGAACAACAAUUAAAGCGUCUAAAACAUCACAAGAAAAAGAAGAAACAACAAAAAAAGAAAAAGAAACCCAAACAUCCUAAACAGAGAAUUCACAGAAGCAUCAACCAACAGGAGAAGGAAGCUCACAUUAAUAAUAUGGUGGAGUACCUCAACAAAAACCAGUCUUUUCACGACAACUACAACGUUAUUCCUUUGGUUUUCGGAGUGCUUAGACCCUCCCAAGACCGCAUGCUUAUAACGGGCAUCAAAGAUAAUGCUAACGAAGAAGACAAAUUAAUGUUGAGAACAAUUUUGAAUUUACAGUUAGAUAAAAAGCCUGAAAAUAAUAGUGGGAAUAACAUUGCUGACGUUUCACCUCCUGCCAAUGCGAGUUUAGGCCUUCAAUUGCCAGCGGUCAAUAAUGAAACAAGUACUGCCAAACCUGCUGGCCCAGAAAACGGAACUGCUUUAAAUUCCAACGUAAGUACGCCAGAAAUGAAGAAAAACCUGAUUGAAGUGAUGAAAAGGCAACAAGACUAUCCUGGAAAUGUGGCUUCUAGUAUGCAGGUGGUUAAAAUAGAGGAAACUACGAUGAUGGCUUCUGUUCCUCAAGCACCACCAGUUCCAGUUGGUGCUCCUGGAGGUCCUGAGGUGAAUUUGGAUGAAUUUCCUGGCAUAUUGAUCUAUCCGAAAAGCUAUAAUAUACGGAAAAGAAAUGUUAAUUUUGAUUUAGUAGAAGAUGAUAACGUAGCUGACUUAAAUGAAGCCAAUGAUUUACUGAAAACUAUUGCUGAGUCUGAGAAUAUGAAAGUAAAUGAGCUAGUAAAAAAAGAUUGCAAAGACAGCAAAUGUACAGACGAAACCAACAAAAUCUUAGAUGUGUUAGAGAACCUUCAACAGGAAUCUAUAAAAUCUGAAGAGGGUGGAUUCGUGGAAUACUCGCCAACAAAGAAGAACGAAAUAGACAGUUUGGGACAUUCCACUCAAGCCGAGAAAAUUCAGAAACCCGCAGAAACCAAAAGCAAACUGAACAAAAUCGAGAAAGACCUGAAACUGGUUAACGAAAUCCAAAACAUCGUGAACGGGGUGAAUCGCUUUAAGCAUAGGGAGAAAAAAAGAGCGGCUAGAAGUACGAAAAAGAAGAAAAAACAUGUUUAUGACAAAGUGGAGGAUGAUGAGAAGUUGAAAACCGAAGUAAAUGGUUUGAUACAGAUCAGGAAGAUUCUGAGGAAGAAUAAAAACGAUAGAGCUUUUGGUAGAAAUCGUUUUUUAGCGAAACGUUAGCAAAAUUUCCAGUUAUUGAGAGUGAGAAACGGGUGAAAAACGUUGGUAAACGUGAGAGUGUAAAUAAGGAAGCUUCUAGUGAAUACGAUAGGAUAAUAUCUUGGUUAAAAAGUCAAGAAAAAAAGAAUGGGGUUGGAGAGAACCACAUCGAAAAGAGACAAGACGAACCUGUUACUAACUCCAUGGAAUAUAUGGAUGAAGAACUGGUAUCGGAAAUGAUAGCAAACGCCACCACGUUUUUUGUCAGCGAAAAUCCAGACCAAAUGAAGAAAACAGCCGUGGCGGAGCUUUCAGAA